AUGUGGGCGCUCCUGCUUCUAGGGCCCCUGGCCCUGGGAUUCAGCCUUGAGGGUGGAACCCCAACCCCCAGUGUCUACGAUGAAGGCUGGAGCGCAGGGGAAGGAGAUGGUGAGUGACUCCAGGUGCUGCCCAUGCCUCGCACCUUCCCCGGCAGGCCCUGUGCCAACCGCAGCUACACUCUGGAGCUUUUGGAAAGUUCACGGGCGCUGCUGCUGGGCUGGGUGCCCACAAGGAUGGUGCCCGCUCUCUAUGGGCUGGUCCUGGUGGUGGGGCUGCCUGCCAACGGCCUGGCACUGUGGGUGCUGGCCACGCGAGUGCCUCGGCUGCCAUCCACGGUGCUGCUCAUGAACCUGGCAGCUGCCGACCUGCUGCUGGCCCUGACCUUGCCACCCCGCAUUGUCUACCAUCUUCGGGGCCAGCGCUGGCCCUUUGGCGAGGCCGCCUGCCGCCUGGACAUAGCCGCACUCUAUGGCCAUAUGUACUGUUCUGUGCUACUGCUGGCUGCCAUCAGCCUGGACCGCUACCUGGCCGUGGUAUACCCACUGCGGGCCCGCGCCCUGCGAGGCCCGCGCCUGGCCACUGGGCUUUGUGCCUUGGCCUGGCUGGUGGCGGCCACCCUGGUGCUGCCCCUGGGGCUGCAGCGGCAGACCUACAACGUGUCACAAUCGGAUCAUGUGCUGUGCCAUGACGCACAUCCCGUAGGUACCCAGGACUCCUACUGGCGACCCACCUUCGUCUGCCUGGCCGUGUUUGGCUGCCUCCUGCCCCUGCUGGCCAUGCUGCUCUGCUACGGGGCUACCCUGUGUUCACUGGCCGCUGGAGGCCAGCGCUACAGCCACGCGCUAAGGCUGACUGCACUGGUGCUGGCCUUGGCCCUGGCCUUCUUUGCGCCCAGCAAUGUGCUGCUGCUGCUGCACUACUCGGACCCAGGCUCAGAGACCUGGGGGAACCUGUACGCUGCCUACGUGCCCAGCCUGGCACUCAGCACCCUCAACAGCUGCGUGGACCCCUUCAUCUACUAUUACGUGUCGACCGAAUUCAGGGACAAGGUGCGGGAAGGGUUGCUCCGCUGGUUGCCAAGUUCCACCACGGUCUCCAAGGAGAGGGGCAACCCGGGGACGGGCACCAGGUCCUCAUCGCUGGUCUGA